AUAAAUAUAUGAGUUAAGAAUGAAGUAAAUUUGGUAAUUAGGCAACAAGAUUUCAGAACCUAAAAAGGGGGGGAAAGAGAGCGGAAGAAAGAAAGAUGGGGAGAGGAAAGAUUGACAUAAAAUUGAUUGAGAAUGUGAAUAACAGGCAAGUGACUUUCUCCAAGAGGCGAUCUGGGCUCCUGAAGAAGGCCCAGGAGCUCUCCAUUCUCUGCGAUGCAGAGGUGGCCGUCAUCAUCUUCUCAGCCACUGAUAAGCUCUUUGAGUACUCCAGCACAAGCAUGAAGCAUACUCUGUCAAGGUACAAUAAGUGCCUACUUUCUUCCGAGGCGCCCGUUGUUGUAGAGAAGAAGCCAAAGGUGGAGCAAAAGGAAUUGGAAGCUUUGAACAACGAAAUCUCCGAGCUUAAAUCAAAGCAGUUGCAGUUGUUGGGUAAGGACCUCACGGGCAUGGGCUUGCACGAAUUACGACAGCUUGAGCAUAAACUAGAUGCAGCACUCUUUGCUAUAAAGGGAAGAAAGGAGCAAUUGCUGACGGAACAAUUGGAGCAAUCAAAAAAACAGGAGGAGCGAACCCGGCAGGAGAACGAAGAUUUGCGCAGACAGCUAGAAGAGCUUAGAAGAGAAGAUGAGGAGCUUAAAAGCAUGAUGAGUAAACCAGCCUCAGCCACCCAGUAUCUUGAGUACUAUCCCACCACACAAAGGACUUGUUCUUCCUCUGGGAAAGAUGGCGCUGAGAGUCACAACAAUGGUGAUUUGUUGAAUGAGGUUUCUGAUACCACUUUGCAGCUGGGACCACCGGAUGCUUCGUGCAGAAAGAGGAAGACGCCUGAACCAGAAACCAUAUCCUGCUGCAAUUCGUAGAACCAUUUGAAGCUGAAAUGAGAGUGAUGCGCAAUGGGACAUGUGUUUUUUUAAAAUGGGGAUUAUAUCAAGAACUCUAAUUGGUUGUAAAGACAAAAAUUGUUGAAGGAAGUCCCACCAGUUUUUCACUAGAGUGGACUGGAUUGGUGUGGGGUUUAGGUGAUAGGGAAGCACCUUUGGGUCUGGCUGAUCUCAAGCAUGAGUUAUAUAGUGAGUGGUAGAGUUUUAUUUUUGCUUGGUUGGUGAGUGACCCU